AGGCUCUAUAAAUAUGAGUAUUCUCGUCCGCUUCUUUUCUUCCAAUCAUCUGUGAAAACAUAAACUUUUCGUAAACGUCAAUACGCUUUUCGGUCUCGCGAUUAAUGUAAAAAUUUAGCUGAAGUAUCGAUUCUGUAAAAUUGAAAAUAAGUAUUAAUUGAUUCUUAAUUGAUUAGACGUGUGUUCUUAAACGCGCAACAGUAUAAUUUGUUUUAUAAGUGUCGUAUUUAUCGUAAAUCGACACAUCGUGACUCUGUUUCAUUGUACGUAUUUGGAGCAGUAAUUUCAACGGCAGAAGAUUAAGUAUUUGGCUGUUUGUAAAAUGUCAACUGAGGACAAUGAAAAAAAUCCAAGUACGUCGCAUCCUGGGCCAAAUGUUGAGGACCCUAAGCUUCAAGAGUAUUACACAGAUGAAAAAAUUGAAAGUUUGUUGGUCGAAAAUCUCUACCUGAAGAGUCUGCUAAAAAUGUCAACUAAGGACAAUCAAAAAAAUCCAAGUACGUCGCAUCCUGGGCCAAAUGUUGAGGACCCUAAGCUUCAAGAGUAUUACACAGAUGAAGAAAUUGAAAGUUUGUUGAUCGAAAAUCUCUACCUGAAGAGUCAGCUGAAACGGUUACAUCCUAAAAUGUCAACUGACGACAAUUAAAAAAAUCCAAGUACGUCGCAUUUUGGACCAAAUGUUGAGGACUCUAAGCUUCAAGAGUAUUACGCAGAUGAAAAAAUUGAAAGCUUGUUGGUCGAAAAUCUCUACCUGAAGAGUAAGCUGAAACGGUUACAUCUUAUUUUGAAAAUGUUCUUUUAUAAUCCGAAAGUUGCUGAAUAUUUACAACAGCAAUGUCAAAUAAUUUAUUUGCCUUUUUUGAUUAC